AUGACAUCAAGCGGGUUUACCGUUUGUCAGCUGCUGCUGCUGCUGCUGCUGCUGUUCUGCGUGACACAUCACUGCCAGAUGGCGCAAGCAGACGAGGCUUGCAGUGUGUGCGACUGCUCGAACCCUACUACUGUCGAUUGCACUGGCCGAUCUCUCACAACCAUUCCGAGCGGCAUCCCAGUCGACACGACGAGCCUGCCUGACCGCACUGACACAUAUGGAUCUGAGCGGCAACCAGCAGCUCACCAGCAUAUCCGAAACGCAUUCACAGGCCUGACGGCGCUGACUUACCUAUCUCUGUUCAACAGCCAGGUCACCAGUAUUCCAGCAAACACUUUCGACGACCUCACUGCACUCAAUUUCUUGAGCCUAGGCGGCAACCAGAUCACCAGCAUUCCAGACAACGCAUUCACCAGCCUGACUGCGCUGAAGCAAUUGCAUCUAUACGUCAACCAGUUUACCAAUAUUCCCGAAAACACAUUCACAGGCCUGACUGAGCUGACAGACUUAACUCUAUACGGCAACCAGCUCACCGAAAUUUCCGCAACCACAUUCGCAGGCCUCACCUCGCUGAUGUACUUAGCACUUUCGAACAACCAAAUCACCAGCGUUUCUGCAAACCUAUUUGCAGGCCUCACCGCGCUGACACAUUUAUUUCUGCAUGGCAACCAGAUCACCAGCAUUCCCGCAGACGCAUUCACAGGCCUGACUGAGCUGACUCACUUGUUUUUGGAUGGCAAUCCCUUCACCACCUUGCCGCCCGGUCUGUUUAUGGGCUUGCCCAAUGGGUUGUAUUUGUCGAGCCCGUGGCUCCAAUCGCUGCAACCCAACAACUUUACCUUUGGAGGGAACACUGUCGCCCCGCCCAGCACAUACGGCGAUGUAUCCGCACCAUACCGUAAGUUUGAGUGUCAUGUCACUGAAAGUUAUGCUACAGAGUGUGACACAGCUUGUGCCACCUGCUUUGCCGCUGGGUCCGGCUCGUGCUGCCCGAGCAAUUGUCUGUUCUGCACUUCAUCCACUGUGUGCACUCAGUGCUAUGAAGGUUAUGGCAUGCUGAGUGGAUCAUGCGUUCCACUUGUGUCCAUCGCAUCUGCUUCCGUCGCUUCCGUCGCUUCCGUCGCUUCCGUCGCUUCCAUUGUUUCAGUCGCGUCCACGCAUUCUGCUUCGGUUGCGUCUCUAACUUCCGCUGCCUCAGCGCACUCGGCUUCGUUUGCUUCCCUCGCUAGUGUAUCAUCAACCUCAAUUGCCUCGCAUGCAUCCACGUCAGCUGCCAGUGCUUCUUCUUCAUCUUUUGCAUGGCAGACAUCGGCUGCAUCUGCUGCGUCCAAUGUUCCAAAGGAAUCAAGUGAUGCGUCCACUUUGCCCAUCAUUCUUGGAGUCGUCAUUGGCGUGCUAGCUCUCUUCUUGUUGGCUGCGCUGUUUGUGGCCUUCCGACGUCGUCGCUCGCCAACCGCGUUGGCAACCACCAGCACGGCCACCAAAUUACGCCAAUCACCAUCCGGCUCCGAACCGACUUACCAGUCGGCUGAUCGCAUCGACUCGGGGACCAACGUUUUGAAUCCAACCUAUGAAGUGUUGUCUGCUCCUGGCAAGAACGCCCUGUACGAGGAUGUUGGCUCGACGCCCCAGGCUUUUGCUGAUUCGUCGGAACUGCUGUAUGCUGAAGCAACUGCCUCCACUGUCGAGUACGCCAACCCGUCGCUGCCCCAUGCCUCGUCUGUUCGUGCGCCGCCCCCGUCCUCAGCAACCGCCUACGCGACGAUUGCUGUCCUACCUUCCACGCAGACCGGGAGCGUCGACUACGCGUUGAUCGAAAACUAG